AUGCCCCCCAAAGCGCCAAAAGGCGAAUACAUUGAAACCGACACAGGCAACAAAAUCUCACGCCGCAGCCUCAUCCACGGCACGCAGCACAUCAUCCUGGGCGGCAAGACCGUCAUCCAAUCCGACGCCGUCAUCCGGGGGGACCUCUACCGCUCCUCCAGCACCAGCUCUCAUUCCCACUCCAGCUCGCACUCCAGCUCCCACAAACCCACAUCCUCUACAUCCUCAACCUCGGGCGCAGCAUCUCAGUCCCAAACUACGCCAUCCGUAGCCAUCACGAUCGGCCGCUACAGCUACAUCUCGCGGCAGGCGAUCCUGCGGCCGCCGUCGCGGCUGCACCGGGGCGUGUACGCGUUCUACCCGCUCAAGAUCGGCGACCACGUGUUCGUGGGCGAGCGCGCGGUCGUCGAGGCCGCCAGCGUGGGCAACCACGUGCACAUCGGCCGGGAUGCCGUGGUGGGCAGUAUGGCGAUCUUGAAGGAUUUCGCGUACGUGCUGGAUGGCGCGGUCGUGGCGCCGGGGAUGGUUGUGCCCAGUUGGUGUGUGGUUGGGGGCGCGCCGGCAAGGAUUGUCGGGGAGGUUGGGGAGGGGUAUGGGGUUGAGGGGGCGGAGGGGGGCAUGGCGAGGGAGAGGUAUCGGGUUGUUGGAAGGUGA